AUGUGUCCUAUGCAGCAAUGGCAUGUUAUUGCAGUACUAUUACAUGAAAAACAAAUCUGGAGUACGAUGGGUAUACCGUGUUGUUUGACAUCGACAUAACUUGACCGAAAGCUAUCAUCAUCUCAAUGGUAUGUUUCUCAGCCUCUUCAUACCUGUGGCUCAAUAUCAUUCAUGCCAGUCAUCAUCUCCACCAUGUCAGGCUCAAGGUCAAACAGAGUGCAUUCCUCUGAUCGUUGUACUCACCACGGAAACAGCAUGCAAACUUCAAGCUUGCUUGAGUAAACAUACCUACAAACCAGAAAACUGCCAAUGUCAUCUCCGUGAGCUUUACAAGUGUUGCCAGAAAUUAUAUGAAGAAACAGAGGAUAAGGGGGAGUCCACUGCAUGUCCGAUUCCUCGAGUCGUGAAGAAAUGGAUCAAGGAUCAUCCAGAGUAGGUUGGAAUGCGUAUUGAAAGCAGAAACCUGAUACAAUAGAGACACAAUUGCAG